AAGACUUCCGGGAAGGAUACGCUGGAGUAUCCUCGCUCAUGGCUCCUCGGAGGGUGUAGGGCUGGUUUGGAGUUGGGCCUUCUUCUCCUCUCUCUUUUCCGCCAUUACCGGAUGCCUCUCUGACCGUGUAGUCUGCUUGGAGCAGACGCACCAGACUCUUUAUAACCGGGCUCUUCCACAACCGGUGGAAUGAGCAGCUGUAGCUGACCUAGCUGACCGAGCAGCUGAAGCUGACCGCAGGCUCUCUCCUCAUGGACCGGAGAGAAACCAUAUGAAUGAAACUGCAAGAAGCGAUUCUCCCACUCUGGCUCCUACAGCUCCAACAUCAGCAUUAAGAAGUCUGUGGGUGCUGAACCUCCCAAUGGCGUCCCUUGAACGCUGAUCAAAUCCCCCCCACCCACCACCCAGAACACACCGGUCAUAAUUUCUCCAGGCUGCAUGAUUCUUAAAGAGAAGACUGAAAGCAAACCCCUCCAGGAGCAGCUCCCCGUCACCCAGAUCAAAUCUGAACCUGUGGAAUACGAGUGCAAGCCUGUGAUGGCGACACCGGCAACUUCAGCUGGUACCAACGGAGCGGUGAACGGAGGGGCCGCACAGCCAGCUGUGGUUCCAGCUACAACCCUGCCUCAGGGUGUGACUAUAGUCGUACCAACAGUCGGCCUCAUGUCGCCCAUCAGCAUCAAUCUGAACGACUUGCAGAAUGUGCUCAAGGUGGUGAUGGACGGAAACGUGCUCAGGCUGGUCUACAAUGUAAAGGCAGAGCCAGAAUCGGUGGCCAUCACAGACAUGGAGACAGAGGCAGUUAAACAAACACAAAUGACUUCAGACGCCCCAACAGCUCAGAUGCCAAAAGUCAACAGCACCAGUACAUGUUUACUAUGCGAUGACUGUCCCGACAACCUGGAGGCGUUACACCUCCUCCAGCACUACAAAGCAGCCAACGGGGAGGCUGUUGACUCCGCCGCUUUGGACCCCUCAUUCGCUGCUCUGCUAAGCGAGGCGGGGGUGACGCUGGAGGAGCCACCUGUGGACAAUGUCCUCUCACUCCUCAAGACCCACUUCGCCUCCAAUGCCAACCCCAGCGAGGUGGAGCUGACAAAGAUCUCAGAGUCCGUCAGUAUUCCCGUGAAUGUGGUCAGAAAGUGGUUUGCUAAGGUGAACUCUGGGAAAAAUUCGGGCAAAUACCGCAAUGAAGCUACAGCAGUUUGCAAAAAGACUGAAAACACAAAUUCCAGCUCAGAGGACAUCUCGAAUCCGAAUGGAGAGGCAGAGGAAGAAUCUGGCAGUGCUUCUCCGUCAGACUCUUCACCCAUAAGCUUCAACACAGAGGACCUCGUCAUUGUCAAGAGCGAGCCAGAAGACCUCGUCAUUGUUGAGAGCGAGCCAGAAGACCUCGUCAUUGUCGAGAGCGAGCAAGAAGACCUCGUCAUUGUUGAGAGCGAGCAAGAAGACCCCGUCAUCGUUAAGAGCGAGCCAGAAGACCCCGUCAUCGUGAAGAGCGAGCCAGAAGACCCCGUCAUCGUGAAGAGCGAGCCAGAAGACCCCGUCAUCGUGAAGAGCGAGCCAGAAGACCCCAUCAUCGUUAAGAGCGAGCCGGAAGACCCCGUCAUCGUUAAGAGCGAGCCAGAAGGCCCCGUCAUUGUUAAGAGCGAGCCAGAAGACCCCGUCAUCGAUGAGAGCAAGCCAGACGUCCCGGACUCCCAGGCCGAGCUGCUUGACCUCCCCUUUCCUAAACAUAUCGCAGCAGCAUUGGAAACGACCUCGCCUCCCGCCAAGCAGCAGGAACAGCCCCUGAACCCAUCUUGCCUGAGGAAGGAGGUCCGAACCAUCUAUGUCACCACGCCUCAGACCGGAAGACCUGUUGAUAUUGCCACUGCCGCACAGCUGCGCACAUUAGCGGCCAUCGCUGGUCAGGCCACGGUGGGCUGUCUCGGCGCCAUUGACACCGAGACGAAUCGCCCCAUCCUCAUCCCCCAGCUCACCUACGUCUACGCAACUACGGCCAGCAACGCCACUGCAGCAAAGACUGUUGUACUGAAUGGCCAUAAGGAGAGAAACCAUAUGACUGCUCAAACUGCAAGAAGCAAUUCUCCCACUCAGGCUCCUACAGCUCCCACAUCAGCAGUAAGAAGUGUGUGGGUGCAGAACCUCCUAGUGGCGUCCCUUGAACACCAAUCAAACCCCCCCCCACCCACCACCCAGACCACAUCUGUUGUAAUAGCUACGGCCCGCAUGAUUCUUAAAGAGAAGACUGAAAGCAAACCCCUCCAGGAGCAGCUCCCCGUCACCCAGAUCAAAUCUGAACCUGUGGAAUACGAGUGCAAGCCUGUGAUGGCGGCACCGGCAACUUCAGCUGGUACCAGCGGAGUGGUGAACGGAGGGACAGCACACCCAGCUCUUGGUCCAGCUACAACCCUGCCUCAGGAUGUGGCUAUGGUUGUACCAACAGUCGGCCUCAUGUCGCCCAUCAGCAUCAAUCUGAACGACUUGCAGAAUGUGCCCAAGCAGGUAAAGAGACUCGGCGGCAGAUCUGACGGCGUCUCCACAGUGAAGGAGCAGAAUGAGCCAGAUUUGGCCGCAGUGACAAAGAAGCGACGGCUGGAAAAAGGCACCGUUUACACGUGUGACCUUUGCCCCAAAGUCUUCGUGAACAAGUACAUCAUGCUCAGGCACAAAUAUGACCACACAGGAAAACGGCCCCACGAGUGUAACAUCUGCAAGAAGGCCUUCAAACACAAACACCACCUGAUCCAACACUCGAGGCUGCACUCCGUGGAGGAGCAGAAGGACCCAGAAAUCAUCACCGACUUCCGGUGUGACCUUUGCUCCAAAUAUUUCCUGAAGAAGUCAACCUUGCUCAGGCACAAAAUUGAACACACAGGAAAACGGCCCUACGAGUGCAACGUCUGCAACAAGACCUUCAAACGCAACUACCACCUGAUCCAACACUUGACGCUGCACUUCGGGGAGGAGCCGAAGGACCCAGUUGCGGCCGCACUGAAAAAGAAGCGACGGCUGCAAAACUUCACUGAACUCCGGUGUGACAUUUGCUCCAAAUAUUUCCUGAACAAGUUCAACUUGCUCAGGCACAACUUUGAACACACAGGAAAACGGCCCUACGAGUGUAACAUCUGCAACAAGGCCUUCAAACGCAAACAUCACCUUGUCCAACACUCGAGCAUGCACUCCGGAGAGAAACCCUACCAGUGUGAUAAGUGUGGGAAGCGUUUUACUACAUCUCGCACACACUCUGACCAUGUGAAAAAACAGUUCCCCUACUGCAGGAAGCUCUCGCUAAACUCCGGUUUGGGGCCUCGCAGGGUUCAGUCGGAGCUCGGCGGCCUCCGCGAUGUACUGCAGUCGGACAGUCAGAUCACGACCCCCGCCCUCACAACUGGAGACAGACGAGAGGAAGAGAAAAGAAGAGGAGGACAAGAAGAUUGCGGAAGGAGAGAAGCUGGACAAGGAGUUAUUUUGUGAUGUGAUGGAGAUCUAGGUCGGGGACGAACACAUGGUGGACAAAUAGAUGCAGAAACAGCUGAAGAAAAGGAGGAAACAACAAGUGCCGAUACAGAGGAAAUGCCAGACUGUGAAGCAAAAACAGACAAAAGCAUCAGGGAGGGGCCAGACAGUGUCAAACCAACAGAGGAAGAGGUGACAAACACCAAAUGGAGGAUGGAAAAUCUCUCCGGACAGCUCGAAUGCCUCGCUUAUUGAAGUCAAGUUAAAGUGGCAAUAGACAAGUUUUUUGCUUUAACUUAUCAUUAUGAAGUAAAUGUUGAUUUCAUUAUGUAAUGGCUGUAGAAUAAUGACACCACCAGUGUUCAGACUGGUCCCCUUUAAGUCCCCCUUUCACUAUGUCUGACACCGGGUCGCGAUCUCCCGGAGGCUGAAUUAAUGGCACAAAAGAAGAGGAUAGCGCUCGAGUUGCAUCUAUACUUAUACUAAGGUGAUAAAAUAAUAAGUGUUUCCAGUUCAAGUUGGGGUUCUUAUGGUUGUUUCUUGCUUUGGACAGUAGCCAGUCUGCUAGUGGUAGCCAUGUUGCUAACUGUGUUGUUGGUAGCUCUUAAGAAAACUAAAGCGAUCUGGUUGUCUUUGUGACACCAGCACCAAAUAAUAACACUAGUAAACACCUGGGGGGGGGACAGAAGUUAAGUUUCUGUGUUUAAAAUUGUUUUAUAGUUUUUUUUUAAUAAUUGUUUUUAUAUAUUUUAAAGCAGAACUCAUACUUUACUGAGCCCUCCCAGGUUGUUUUUUUGUUUGUUUUCAUCA